AUGGCCAACACGACCCGCGCAGGCGCCCUCUCGAUCCACGGCACCAACCCGCAGUACCUCGUCCCGACCGUCAUCCGCCAGCGCGUGUACGACACCAUCUACUGGAAGGAGCACUGCUUUGCCCUGACGUCGGCGACCGUCAUCGACCGCGCCGUCGAGCUCGAGGCCGUCGGCGGCACGUACGCCAACACGCGCCCGACAGAGUUCAUCUGCCUCGUCCUCAAGCUCCUCCAGCUGCAACCCGAGCGCGAGAUCGUCCUCGAGUACCUCCGAGCCGAAGAGUUCAAGUACUUGCGAGCACUCGCGGCGUUCUACGUCCGGCUCACGUUCGACUCGCUCAACUGCUACGAGGUCCUCGAGCCGUUGCUCAACGACUACCGCAAGCUGCGCUUCCGCGCCAUGGACGGCUCCUACUCGAUCCUGACGAUCGACGAGUUUGCCGACCAGCUCCUGCACGGCGAAUCGGUGUGCGAGAUCCAGCUGCCGCGCCUCACGCAGCGCAAGGUGCUCGAGGAGACCGAGGGCCUCGCGCCGCGCCGGAGCAAGCUCGGGCGGGCGCUCGGCGUGCGAGGUGCGGGCGAGGGCGAGGGCGCGGCGAGUGCGAGUGGGAGUGCGAGUGGGAGCGGGAGCGGGAGCGAGGACGAGGGGAGCGAGGGAGGGAGGAGGAGAGCGGGCCGGUACGUCUCGCGCAGCCCGAGCGCGAGCCGGUCGCCGAGUCCGAGCCCGAUGGACGAGGGCCCGGAGCCCGAGUACUGGACCGAGGGGUCCGGCUCGGAGGACGGCGAGGGCGAGGCGGGCGCACCACGGGGCGGGCGCGACGUCAAGCGGCGCCGCAAGCCCGUCGUCGAGGUCGAGGGGCGCGACGGGCGGCGCCACACGGUCGUGCACGAGCGCGGGCGCUGUGCGUCUCCCGACGACGAGGGGCGGUACGUGAGCCGGAGCCCGAGCCCGCCGAGCGACGACGGCGACGGCGACGGCGAGGGCAGGUUCGUGUCGCGCAGCCCGACGAGGAGCGCAUCGCCCGGGGAGCGGAUCGAGGUCGAGCAUGUGGCGGGGGACGUGUAG